AUGGAUGAUCAUCAUAAUGACAAAUCGCUAGCAAUUGAAGUCAAUGAUUUGACUUAUGAGUUUCCGAAAAGCAACAUCGGUAACUUAAAUACCAACAAAGACAGUAGCACCGGAAUCGGUUCUAAAGCCAAAAUUGGGUUACAAAACGUUACACUCAGUAUUCCUUGGGGCACAACAAACUUGAUAGUCGGUCCUAAUGGUGCAGGAAAAUCAACACUUUUGAAAAUCUUGGCAGGAAAAACAUUGAUUAGAAAAGGUCAGUUGCGUCUUGGUGGUUUUGAUCCAUUUGAGUUUUCUUCGCUGGCUCGUUCUGUGACUCAACACAAUUCCGAUAUCAAUAGUUACAUUACGUAUUUGGGUACAGAAUGGAUUACAAAUAGCGUUAUCAAACGAGAUAUUCCGGUGAACUUGCUCUUAUCAUCAAUUGGAGGUGAAGAGAACCAAGAAAGAAGAAACUUAUUGGUUGAUCUUUUGGAUAUCGACCCUGGUUGGUCAAUGAUCAAUCUCUCUGAUGGUGAACGUCGUCGUGUUCAAAUUGCAAUGGGGUUGAUCAAGCCAUGGAAAUUGCUUUUGUUGGAUGAAGUAACCAUCGAUUUGGAUGUGGUUGUGCGGUCAAAAUUAUUAAACUAUCUAAAACAAGAGUGUGUUAACCGCAAUUGUUGUGUUGUUUAUGCAACGCAUAUUUUUGAUGGCUUGGGAAAUGAAUGGUGUGAUCGCAUUUUGCAUAUUGAUGCAGGUAUUAUUAUCAAUGAUGUCAAGAUGAAAGACGUUGAAUUUGGAGAUGUAAAAACUGAUACCGGUGGGGAUGUAGACGUGAGUGGCGGAGACAAGCUGAUCAAGGUGAAUAAGUCCAAUACAUUACACCCAUUGGCAUUGUACUGGUUGAAUAUGGAUCUCAAAAGACGUGGAACAAGAGAAGAAGAGAAAUUGAGAAUGGCGCAAAGACAUUUGGAUUGGAUUAAUCUGAGAGAUGGAGGUUACUACGAUGCUAGUGAUGACAAGUUGAAACAAUAUUUCAAGAGCACAAGAAGUGAGAGAUAA